AUGGCUGCACGGCUGUUGCAGAGGAGUCUCUUGGCCGUGGCUCAGGUUUUCUCCAGAGGGUUUCCGAGUACGUCCACAAAUUUGGGCUCGCUGGAGAAGCCUCGGACAGUGAAAGAUCUCCCCCACGUCAGUGUCUUGGAGUUGCUCUACCGGAUGGUGUUUCAGGGUUUCUACAGCCGGGCACAUGAGCUUCAGGUGUACGAAAAGGAGCUCUACGGGCCCAUAUACAGAGACGGAUUAAAGACCGUGUCCCUGAACACACCAAAGCUGCUGGAGGAAGUCUUGAGAAAUGACGAAAGGUUCCCUUGCAGGGGAGACAUGUCUUUUUGGAAGGAUUAUCGUGACAUUAGAGGACUUGGCUACGGACCUUUCACAGUGGAGGGAGAGAACUGGCACAAGCUGCGGGUGGCGCUGAACAAACGCAUGAUGCAUCCCAAAGAUUCUGCCCUCUAUGGCAGAAUUCUCAACAUGGUGGUCGCCGACUUCAUCGCCAGGCUGCGCUACGUGCGUCGGUGCAGCCCAACCGGAGAUUUGGUGAUGAAUUUGGCCAAUGAGUUUUAUCGUUUUUCACUUGAGGGUAUCGCCACAAUAUUGUUUGAGACCAGACUGGGGGCUCUGGAAAAGGACAUUCCGGCAGGUACGCAACAGUUUAUCGACGCCAUAGCCAAGAUGUUUUCCAAUAGCCUGGCUGUGGUGGCGAUGCCCAAGUGGAGCCGGAAUCUGCUGCCCUACUGGGGACGCUACAUCGACGGAUGGGACGGCAUUUUCAGCUUCGCCAAGAUGUUGAUUGACAAGAAGCUGGAGGACAUUCAGCAGCGCGUGGACCGCAACCAGGAUGUGGAGGGAGAGUACCUGACGUACUUGCUGUCAAACACUGAGAUGGAAACCAAAGACAUAUAUGGUAGCAUCGCCGAGCUUCUCUUAGCCGGAGUGGACACGACCUCCAACACUCUGACAUGGACUUUGCACCUGCUGUCCCAGCACCCACAAGUCCAGGAGAAGCUUCAUGGAGAAGUAUCAGAGUUAAAAACUGUAGAUGGGACCCCGUCUGCGGAGGAGGUCACCAGCUUGCCGUAUUUAAGAGCUGUCAUCAAAGAAGUGCUCAGGAUGUAUCCAGUAGUCCCCUUUAAUGCAAGGAUCAUGAGUGAAAAGAGUGUUAUUAUUGGUGGAUAUCAGUUUUGCAAAAAUACGGUUUUCACAUUUUGCCACUACGCCAUCAGUCACGAUGAGGAAACCUUCCCAGAACCGUUCUCCUUCAAGCCGGAGCGAUGGCUGCGGGAUGGCCGAGAAAGGCCCAACGCUUUCGGCUCCCUCCCGUUUGGCUUUGGCGUGAGGAGCUGCGUCGGGCGCAGAAUUGCUGAGCUGGAGAUGCAUCUGGUUUUAUUUCAAAUAAUCAGGACGUUUGAGCUCAAACCAGACCCGAAUGUCGGAGAGGUGAAAUGCCUCAACCGCACCGUCCUGGUUCCAGACCGACCGAUCAGUGUCCAUUUUGUGGACCGGGGAUGCGAAAAGCCAGUCUAGGAAUUAUUUUGUC